GUUUCUCCCAACAUUCAAGUGAAACACGCUCAGAGCGACCUCCGCCAGCGCUUCUUCUGCCUCCAAAGUUUCCCGACGCAGCGAAUCAACGACUUACCGAGAGGGUGCCAAUUAAAAAAAGCGCACCGCGGAGCCGCCUCGCGCAUUAAAAGCCGGAUAACCUCAUCCAUCACCGUCGUGAAAUCGCAAGUACGUCCGAAAAGUCUGUCGUCUGCUUUUGAAACGCGUCCAAGUUCGAACCGUCCUCCGCGGGAGCGCGCUUUUCACCGACCUGCGAAAGUUUUCUGCGCCGCCGAGCGCAACGGUCCGAGCGUCGCCGCGGUAUAAAAAGCCGUCGUGAUGAGCAACAACUACGGCGACGACCAGCUGCCCCCGCAGUACUACCAGGCCACGGACUUCGGCGAGGAGGAGGACGACGAGAUGCCGGCCACGGAGAAGGACCUGGCCGAGGACGCGCCGUGGAAGAAGAUCCAGCAGAACACGUUCACCCGGUGGUGCAACGAGCACCUGAAGUGCGUCAAUAAGACCAUCACGGACCUGCAGAGGGAGUUCAGCGAUGGGCUCAAGCUCAUCUCCCUCCUGGAGGUCCUGAGCCAGAAGAAGAUGUACAGAAAGCACCACAGCAGACCCAACUUCCGCCAGAUGAAGCUCGAGAAUGUUUCUGUGGCCCUCGAGUUCCUGGACAGAGAGCACAUCAAACUGGUCUCUAUAGAUAGCAAAGCCAUAGUGGAUGGGAAUCUAAAGCUGAUCCUGGGUCUCAUCUGGACUCUCAUCCUCCACUACUCCAUCUCUAUGCCCAUGUGGGACGACGAGGACGAGGAGGAGACGAAGAAGCUGACCCCCAAGCAGCGCCUGCUGGGCUGGAUUCAGAACAAAGUGCCGCAGCUGCCCAUCAACAACUUCAACCGUGACUGGCGGGACGGCAAAGCCCUGGGAGCUCUGGUGGACAACUGCGCCCCCGGUCUGUGCCCCGACUGGGCCGAGUGGGACCCCAACCAGCCCGUUCAGAAUGCCAGGGAGGCCAUGCAGCAGGCGGACGACUGGCUGGGCGUGCCUCAGGUCAUUGCCCCUGAGGAGAUCGUGGACCCAGAUGUGGACGAGCACUCUGUGAUGACCUACCUGUCCCAGUUCCCCAAGGCAAAGCUGAAGCCCGGAGCUCCUCUCAGGCCCAAGCAGCUCUUCCCAAACAAGGCCAAAGCCUAUGGACCAGGCAUCGAGCCUCAUGGCAACAAGGUGCUGCAUCCAGCUGUGUUCACCGUGGAAACGCUCGAAGCUGGAAGCGGCGAGGUCCUGGUCUACGUGGAGGACCCUGAAGGCCACACAGAAGAGGCUAAAGUUAAACCCAACAAGGACAAAAAGAGAACCUACACAGUCACUUACGUUCCUAAAGUUGAAGGGGUCCAUAAGGUGAAAGUGUUGUUUGCCGGUCAGGACAUCGAUAAGAGCCCGUACACAGUGAACGUGGCGAAGGAUGUGGGUGAUGCCAGGAAAGUCAACGCCCGGGGGCCCGGUCUGGAGCCCACGGGCAACAUGGCCAACAAACCCACCUACUUUGACAUCUAUACCGCCGGCGCCGGUAACGGCGACGUCAGCGUGGUCAUCGUGGAUCCGCAGGGCAAAAAGGACACCGUGGAGCUGAUCCUGGAGAAUAAGGGCGACAGCGUCUUCCGAUGCACCUAUCGCCCGGUGCUGGAGGGGCCUCACACCAUUCAUGUGCUGUUUGCGGGCCAAGAGAUCCCCAAGAGCCCUUUCACUGUCAACAUCGCGGAGGCGCCGCCUGUUGCUCCUCCCACAGGAGCUCCUCUGCAGAUAGUCCCCCAGUCAGUGCGCACCCCUCCUGGAGUGAAGGGUGGGAAGGGGGCCCCUCCCCCAAAACCCGGUCGCCCAACAAUUAACCCGAAUGCCUGCAGAGCGACAGGCAGAGGCCUUCAGCCUAAAGGCGUGAGAGUGAAGGAGGUUGCAGACUUCAAAGUUUUCACCAAGGGAGCUGGCAGCGGAGCCCUGAACGUCUCCGUCAAAGGCCUGACUGGAGCAGAGGAGCAAGUCAAAGUACGAGACGCUGGGAACGGUGUGUAUGAAUGCGAAUAUUACCCCCUCAAAGCUGGUAAAUACACAGUGAGGAUCACAUGGGGAGGCCAGCCCAUCCCACGCAGCCCUUUCGAGGUGGAGGUGGGUGAGGAGGCAGGUUUUCAGAAAGUGAGGGCCUGGGGUCCUGGUCUGAAGACGGGCAUGGUGGGAAAAUCUGCAGACUUCGUGGUGGAGGCUAUCGGCACCGAAGUUGGAACUCUGGGCUUCUCCAUCGAAGGCCCAUCACAGGCUAAGAUUGAGUGUGAUGACAAAGGCGACGGCUCCUGUGACGUGCGCUAUUGGCCCACGGAGCCCGGUGACUAUGCCGUCCACGUCAUCUGUGACGAUGAGGACAUCAAAGACAGUCCCUUCAUGGCUCAUAUCCUCCCUGCAGCCAACGAUGUGUUCCCUGAGAAAGUAAAAGCCUACGGUCCAGGCCUGCAGCCGACGGGUGUCAUUGUAAACAAGCCCACCGAAUUCACUAUUGAUGCCCGCUUGGCCGGGAAGGGUCACCUCAAGAUCUACGCGCAGGAUGCUGAAGGCUGCACCAUCAACAUCAAGAUCACUGACAGGGGAGACGGCACAUUUCUGUGUGUGUACACUCCUGUAAAGCCCAUUAAACACACCAUCAUCGUCACCUGGGGAGAGGUCAAUGUACCCAACAGCCCUUUCAGGGUGCUGGUUGGAGAGGGUUCUCAUCCAGACAGAGUCAAGGUCUAUGGGCCUGGAGUGGAGAAGACAGGGCUCAAGGCUAAUGAGCCAACAUACUUCACUGUGGACUGCAGCGAGGCUGGGCAAGGGGACAUCAGCAUUGGAAUCAAGUGUGCCCCAGGGGUGGUUGGCCCUGCUGAGGCAGACAUUGACUUUGACAUCAUCAAGAAUGACAAUGACACUUUCACUGUCAAGUACACUCCGCCCGGCCCCGGCCGGUACACCAUCAUGGUGCUGUUUGCUGAGCAGGAAAUUCCCAUCAGUCCAUUCAAAGUCAAAGUGGACCCGUCCCAUGAUGCUGGGAAGGUUAGAGCAGAGGGUCCUGGGCUCAACAAGACAGGAGUGGAGGUGGGCGCUCCAACACACUUCACCAUCUACACAAAGGGAGCUGGCAAAGCGAAGCCCGAGGUGCAUUUUGCAGCGUCAGGGUCAGGGGAGGCAGUUCGUGACUUCGAGAUCAUAGAUAACCACGAUUACUCCUACACUGUCAAGUACACAGCUCUUCAAGAGGGUAACAUGGUGAUUUCAGUGACACACGGAGGAGAUCCCAUUCCAAAGAGCCCCUUCCACGUCACCGUGGCGCCACCUUUGGAUAUAGGGAAGGUGAAAGUGGAGGGACUGGACGCCAAAGUGGAGGUUGGAAAGGACCAGGAGUUCAGAGUCAACACAAAGGGUGCUGGUGGGCAGGGAAAUGUAGGUGUGAAAAUGACCUCGCCCUCUGGGCGACCAAUCCCAUGCAAGCUGGAGUCCGACAAGGCCAAAGGCUCUCACAGUGUGAAGUACAUUCCCCCAGAAGAGGGGCAGUACAAGGUUGAUGUCAGCUACGAUGGCAACCCGGUGAUGGGGAGCCCCUUUGGGGUCGAAGCAGUGAUGCCCGCUGACUCCUCAAAGGUGCGAGCGUUCGGCCCAGGCCUGAAGGGAGGCGUUGUGGGCAAACCUGCUCCGUUCACCAUUGACACAAAGGGGGCCGGGGCGGGUGGGCUGGGCCUGACGGUGGAGGGCCCGUGCGAGGCCAAAAUCGAGUGCCAGGACAACGGCGACGGCACGUGCUCGGUCGCCUACCUCCCCACGGAACCCGGCGAGUACGCCAUCAACAUCCUGUUUGCGGAGCAGCACAUCCCCGGCUCCCCCUUCAAAGCCACGGUGCGGCCGGCCUUCGACCCCAGCAAGGUGAGCGCCAGCGGCCCCGGCCUGGAGAAGGCCAAGGCGGGCGAGCCGGCCACCUUCACCGUGGACUGCACGCGCGCGGGCGACGGCGAGCUCACCAUCGAGAUCGUGUCGGAAACCGGGGCGAAGGCCGAGGUGCACAUUCAGAAGAGCGCGGAGGGGAUGUUCUCCGUCACGUACAUCCCACCCUUCCACGGCACGCACACCAUAACCAUCAAGUACGGGGGCCAGAUGAUUCCUCACUUCCCGAAGACCCUGCAGGUGGAGCCCUCUGUGGACACCAGUGGCGUGCACGUGUACGGCCCAGGAGUGGAGCCCCGAGGUGUCCUGAGGGAAGUCACAACUCACUUCAUUGUCGAUGCCCGCGCCCUCAACAAGGUCGGGGGAAAUCAUGUCAAAGUUCACAUUCGAAACCCCUCCGGCAGCAACACAGAGAGCUACAUCACCGACAAGGGGGAUGGCACCUACAGAGUGGAGUACACCGCGUUUGAGGACGGGAUGCAUCUGAUUGAGGUGCUGUACGACAGCGCACCCGUGCCCAAGAGCCCCUUCAGAGUGCCGGUGGUAGAGGGCUGUGACCCAACCCGCGUCCGUGCUUAUGGGCCCGGUCUGGAGGGAGGAAUAACCAACAAGCCCAACUUCUUCACCGUGGAGACCAGGGGUGCUGGUACGGGAGGUCUGGGUCUGACCAUUGAGGGAGCGUCGGAGGCAAAAAUAUCCUGCAAGGACAAUAAAGACGGCAGCUGCAGUGUGGAGUACGUCCCCUUCACCCCUGGAGAUUAUGACGUCAACAUUAACUAUGGAGGUCAUCCCAUCCCUGGGAGUCCGUUCCGCGUGCGCGUUCAGGACCCCGUGGACCCCAGCAAGGUCAAGUGCUCAGGCUCGGGUCUGGGCUCCGGGGUCCGGGCCCACGUUCCCCAGACCUUCACAGUGGACUGUACCAAGGCCGGCCAGGCCCCGCUGGAUGUGAAGCUCUACGGCCCGACAGGCACUCUGGAGCCGGUCGGCGUGAAGAACAACAGCGACGGCACCUACACAGUCCACUACACGCCGGCCCAGGACGGCCCCUACACCGUAGCCGUCAAAUACGCAGAGCAGGAGGUCCCACACAGUCCUUUUAAAGUGAUGUCCCAGCCCGGGCAUGACGCCAGUAAGGUACGAGCCAGUGGCCCUGGUCUGGAUACAAAAGGUGUGUGUGCGAGUCUGCCCGUGGAGUUCACCAUCGACGCCCGGGAUGCUGGGGAGGGACUGCUCACCGUGCAGAUUCUGGACCCCGAGGGCAAACCGAAGAAUGCAACCAUCCAGGAUAACAGGGACGGCACCUACACCGUCUCCUAUGUGCCCGACUCCACGGGCCCCUACACCAUCACCAUUAAAUACGGAGGAGAUGAGAUUCCCUACUCCCCGUACCGCAUUCAGUCCCUGCCCACAGGAGACGCCAGCAAGUGCCUCCUCACCGUGUCUAUCGGAGGACACGGCGUUUCCAGCCUGCAGAAGCUGCAGACCUCCGAAGACACCGUCAUCACAGUGGAUGCCAAGGCUGCAGGGAAAGGCAAGGUGACCUGCAAGGUGCUGACGCCACAGGGGAUGGAGCUGGACAUGGAUGUGGUUGAGAACCACGAUGGGACCUUUGACAUUUACUACACAGCCCCUGAACCUGGGAAAUACGUCAUCACCAUCCGCUUUGGGGGGCAGAACAUUCCAAAGAGCCCCUUCCAUGUGGUGGCCACCAAUGAACCAGUGGUUCCACGCGACACCGUGGAUCCCCUGUUUCGUCCCGUCAACUUUCUCGUUCCCUUCACGCCGCAACAAGGAGAGAUCACAGGUGAGGUCCGGAUGCCUUCAGGCAAGACUGCCCGGCCGCACAUCACGGACAAUAAAGACGGCACCAUCACGAUCAAAUACCAGCCCACGGAGAGAGGCCUGCACGAGAUGGACAUCAAAUAUGACGGCAACCACAUUCCAGGAAGCCCUCUGCAGUUCUACGUGGACGCUGUGAACAGUGGAGUGGUGACGGCGUACGGUCCAGGUCUGAGCUACGGCAUGGUCAACAAGGCCGCCACGUUUACCGUGGUCACCAAGAACGCAGGAGAAGGCGGUCUGUCCCUGGCUGUGGAGGGUCCCUCCAAAGCUGAGAUCACCUGCAAGGAUAACAAAGACGGGACCUGCACCGUGUCCUACCUGCCCACGGCGCCUGGAGACUACAACAUCAUUGUCAAGUUUGACAACAAGCACAUUCCUGGGAGUCCCUUUACUGCUAAGAUCACCGGGGACGACUCCAUAACCAGGACGUCCCAGCUGAACGUCGGCACGGCGGCCGACGUGUCCCUGAAGAUCGCGGAGACGGACCUGAGCUCGCUGAGCGCCAGCAUCAGGGCUCCGUCAGGAAACGAGGAGCCCUGUCUGCUGAAAAGGCUGCCCAACAGACACCUGGGUAUUUCUUUCACCCCGAAGGAGGUUGGAGAGCAUGAAGUGAGCGUGAGGAAAAACGGCGUGCACGUGGCCAACAGCCCGUUUAAGAUCAUGGUGGGUCAGUCAGAGAUUGGCGAGGCCAGCAGAGUCAAGGCUUUUGGCAAAGGCCUGGUGGAGGCGCACACCUUUGAAAUGGCAGAGUUCUUUGUGGACACAAGGAAUGCAGGUUAUGGCAGUCUGGCCUUGUCGAUUGAGGGUCCAAGCAAAGUGGACAUCAACUGUGAGGAUGUGGAGGACGGAACGUGCAGAGUCACAUACUGUCCAACCGAACCCGGAAACUACGCCGUUAACAUCAAGUUUGCUGAAAAGCACAUCCCAGGGAGCCCUUUCACAGUGAAGGUUACCGGAGAAGGAAGGAUCAAAGAGAGUAUUACUAGAAAGAGGCAGGCGUCUUCUAUUGCGUCAGUGGGCAGCACAUGUGGCCUUAAUCUCAAGAUCCCAGGAAACUGGUUCCAGAUGGUUUCGGCCCAGGAGCGGCUGACCAGGACCUUCACCCGCAGCAGCCACACCUACACCCGCACCGAGCGCACGGAGAUCAGCAAGACCCGCGGCGGCGAGACCAAGAGGGAGGUCCGCGUGGAGGAGAGCACCCAGGUGGGGGGAGGAGGGGGGAGCCCCUUCAGGGACGUCUUUGGCGACUUCCUGGGCAGAGAGAGCCUCAGCAGCUUUGCCGGCAUCACCGCCAGACCCGAAGUGGAGAGCGGCUCCCAGGCCAUGACGGCCCAGGUGACCAGCCCCAGCGGGAAGACCAUGGAUGCCGACCUGGUGGACGGCGGCAGCAACACCUACAGCGUGCGCUUCAUCCCCCAGGAGAUCGGACCCCACACGGUCAACGUGAAGUACCGGGGCCAGCACGUCCCCGGAAGCCCCUUCCAGUUCACAGUGGGGCCCAUGGGGGAGGGGGGGGCGCACAAGGUCCGGGCGGGGGGGCCGGGCCUGGAGAGAGGCGUGGCCGGAGCACCCACCGAAUUCAGCAUCUGGACCCGAGAGGCGGGCGCCGGUGGUCUGUCCAUCGCUGUGGAGGGGCCGAGCAAGGCUGAAAUCUCCUUUGAGGACAGGAAGGACGGUUCGUGUGGGGUUUCCUACAUAGUGAAGGAACCAGGUGACUACGAGGUGUCAAUCAAGUUCAACAAUGAGCACAUCCCAGACAGCCCAUUCAUUGUUCCGAUUGCUACACUGUCAGACGAGGCCCGCAGGCUGACUGUCACGAGCCUUCAGGAGAAGGAUUUGAAGAUAAACCAGGAAGCGUCGUUCAUGGUGCAGCGGAACGGGGCUCGCGGCGCGGUGGACGCCAAAGUCCACACGCCGUCCGGCUCCUCGGAGGAAUGCUACGUCACAGAGCUGGACAGCGACAAGAGUGCAAUCCGCUUUAUUCCACGGGAGAACGGCGUUCACUCCAUAGACGUCAAGUUCAAUGGAUGCCACAUUCCUGGGAGCCCCUUUAACGUGCGAGUGGGAGACCCGGGGCUGAUUGGAGACCCGGGCAUGGUGACUGCACACGGCCCCGGACUGCAGGGAGGAACAACAGGCGUUCCUUCAGAGUUCGCGGUCAACACCUGUAACGCCGGCUCGGGGACCCUCUCCGUGAACAUCGACGGGCCUUCUAAGGUCAAGAUGGACUGCCGCGAGUGUCCCGAAGGCUACAAGAUCACCUACAUCCCCAUGGCGCCCGGCAAUUAUCUCAUCACCAUCAAAUACGGCGGGCCGCAGCACAUCGUGGGCAGCCCCUUCAAAGCUAAAAUCACAGGCGCCCGACUGUCAGGGGGACACAGCCUCCACGAGACCUCCUCAGUCCUGGUGGAAACGAUGACCAAGACCUCCAAGGUGGGCGGCUCCUACAGCGCCGCCGCCUCCACCGCCGCCGGCAAGCUGGCGUCGGACGCCAGCAAGGUGGUGUGCCGGGGCACGGGCCUGUCCAAGGCGGCGGUGGGCCAGAAGAACAACUUCACGGUCGACUGCAACAAAGCAGGCUCCAACAUGCUGAUGGUGGGCGUGCACGGACCCCACGCUCCCUGCGAGGAGGUGUACGUCAAGCACAUGGGCAACAAGCUCUACAACGUCACCUACACCGUCAAGGACAAGGGCAGCUACACUGUCAUCGUCAAAUGGGGCGACGACAACGUCCCCGGGAGCCCGUACAAAGUGGCCGUGCCCUAAAAUAAACUGCCGCCGCUCCUCCACCGGCCGCCGUUGCUUUUGUCAUGUGCUCGCAUCAAUCAAACUCCCCAGCCGCUCCUUCUUUGGUGCUGCUCUCCGCUCCCCCGGCGGAUGACAGCGAACUUAAGAUGCACUAAAACCCGCAAGGACGUCCGCUCACGGUUCUGACCAGCACAGAACCUCUGUUGCCAAAGCUUUGUGUUAGCUCCAGAAGUGACAUUUACGUGUGUGCAUUUACAUUCAGACCGAUGUAAAGGCAACAGCGCUGAGUGAAGGAAAUGGUUUUUGUAUUAGAAUGAGUACUUCACCUUUUUUGUUAUAUUAACCUAUUUUUGGUAAGUCUUUGCAGACCUAAUAAACAUUUAAUUGCUAACUUUC